AUGGAGUGCCUCCACCAGCUGACCACAGUUAUCAUGUCUGUGUCCUUUGUGGUUGGAGUAGUGGCGAAUGGGCUGGCGCUCUGGAUGACUGUUCUCUGAAUGCCGCGAAAUUUUACUACCAUCUGGUUCUUCAACCUGGCCCUUGCUGACUUCACUGUCUUACUGUCCCUGCUUAUCACCAUAUAGAGUGUAGCAAUUGGCCAGUGGCUCCUCAACGAUGUGGCCUGCAAGCUUUACGUGGUCUUCUUGGCCCUCAGCUUCUUUACCAGCAUCUGCCUCUUGGUCCUCAUCUCUCUGGACCGUUGCAUGUCUUUCCUCUACCCCGUCUGGUCCUGAAACCACUGCACUGUGCAGCACGCAAGCUGGCUGCUGGCUGCUGUCACUUGCUCUCCAUACUUGAUUUUCCAGACCACUGAAGAACAGAAAGGAUGUGUCUACUGCUGCUUCAAUAUUGACAUAGAGAAUAAGGGGAAGGAGAAUCCAGCUCCCAGGAUAGGAAGUGUGGUUUUGAAGAGGAAAAUGACUGUGACCAUCAUUCACUUCCUGCUGGGUUUCUUGGUGCCCUUGGUGAUCAUCAGUACCUGUGCCCACCUCAUCUGCGCCAAGCUCCAGCAGGAGGGCUGGGUCCAUGCCAGCCAGCCAAAGAAGUUGCUGGUGGUGUUGGUGAGCGCCUUUUUCAUUUCCUGGUUCCUGUUUAACAUGGAGCUCUUGGUCCAAUUGUAGCACCGCAGAACGAACCACCCUAAGACGCUGCUCAUCCUCUGGGCUACCUUCUCCCUGGGCUGUUUCAACAACUGCCUCAACCCUUUCCUCUUCAUUGGCAGAGAUUGCCAAGAAAAGUUUUUCCAGUCUUUGCCUUUUGCCUUGGCCAGAGCAUUUGGUGAGGAGGGGUUUUUCUCAGCCUGUCCCCGAGGUGAAGCCCCUAGGGUAUGA